UUUUACCUUUUAUUCUAUCUCUUACCAUUGUUUCAAUCAGAGUAUGGAGAAAAAUCAAAGACGGCAAAUUCGGUAUUGAAGACUGGCUUCUCGUAAUUGCAGAAGCCAUCUCAGCUGCACUUGCAGCCACUAUGUGUAAAUUUGUCAUGGUGUCCUACGCAGGAUAUCACGCGGAGGACAUCCCGAAAGGCGCGGUCAACCAAGUUGACUUACUCUUUUGGCGUUACAUCAACAACAUCCUCCACAACCCCGUCCUCGGUCUCGUCAAGAUCUCAUUCUUGAUCACUCUCCUGAAGCUUCGGUCUUAUAACCGGUGGAUAAUCGCAAGUCUGUGGACAUCAAUCGCGGUGAAUAUUGUCUUCAUCAUCCUUGCAGUUCUCGGAGGCAUCGUCAAGUGCUGGCCAAUCGAGAAAGCGUGGCAUCCGGACAUCCCUGGCCAUUGCCCUCAUCGCCCUCCGUACAUCUAUGGUACUAUUGGUACGACCAUCGCUACCGAUUUCCUCGUCUCUUUGAUACCUGCAUGGAUUAUUCACGAUCUCCGGAUGCCUAUGAAGAACAAGGUCGCCGUGAUACUGUUUCUCUCUCUUCCACUUGCGGUAACGGCGAUUGGCUGCUAUCGUCUGCAGAUGUUCAUCGCAGUCUUUAGAUUACCAAAGGGAAUGGCCGACGAGAACCCCUACAAUGUUCGGAACGCAUUAACCAAUAUAGAGGGCAAUCUGGGUGUGAUUGCUGCUUGCGGACCUACGAUCAAAUGGAUCUUGGCACGUUUCAUUCCUUACUUUGAUACUUCUCCUAAGCCCGACCCAUUCGUACCAAGUCCAUUGUCGAACCGUUGGCGCCGUUUCAGAGGCUACCGGCGCAGCAACGGCGACAUCGAGUUGCAGACGGAUAUUCUCCAUGAUACCUUACCACAAAACAGCGUGAACUCGGGCUCAAAAGUAGAUGAUGAUAAAGGCAGUGAAAAGCAAGGUGUUACGGUCGAAACGAAAGAAGUCAUUGAGAGAACGACAACUGUAGAUGUGGAAAGUGCAGAGGUGUUGAAGGCGAACUUGGUUCUAGAACCGAAGAAAUGAGAGGCAAGGGUCUUUGGACCCGGACUUCCAUUCUAUAUUAUGCGAUUUAUGAUGGUAUGUCCGACCGGAAAGCGAUGAAAUAGCCCCUAGUCCGUUAGUCCAGCUACGUAGUGAGCGGAUGGUGGACUUGUAACCAC